AUGCAGGCAGCCUCGUGUGAUGCUCCCCAGAGGACAGCGCCUGCACAUGCUGCUCUGCAGUUAUUUGUCAACUGUGAAGAGGGCAGUGCAGAAACCCCUGGAAAUCUACUUCCUCAGACAAGUGUAGAAGGCACCGGUGCCCAUCAGAGUAGGCAGGUCCAAGGAACUGUUGGAAGAGUUUGUAUUCUAGGUGCCCCAAAUGCAAGCCGUGCAGUACAGGGAGCAGCGGCUGCUGUGAGGAGGGGCAGAGCACAGAAUCUCCUAGUGAGCAAGGUUCCAAGUAAUGGCCUGAAAGCUCUAUGUUCACAAGUGGCAGGUACUUCCUCCCACUUGCCGGUGAUAUGCCUUUUUAAUGGCAUAAAUCUAGCUGCAAGAAGUCAGAGGGCAGGAAAGCGCUACCUUAUGAGUGCUGGCCUGGAGCAAGAAGGCCUAGUCAAACCUGGUCAACUUGCUACUUGCUUAGAGCUCCUGAGCAAUCCACCUGCUUCCUCUGAAGAAAACAGCGAGUCCGGUCGUGGCUCCAGAAAUUUCCGAGCGCCCGGCUCGACGAGGCAGCGCGAUGCCCGCAGCGGGGAGGGGGCGACGGCACCUGUCACCCGGCGGCCCCGCCACCACGGUAGCCCCGGGCCCGGGCCCCGCGGAGUCUGGGGAGGCGCAGCCACGGCCCGGGCGCCGGGGCCUGAGGAGGCGCGGGUCCCUCUCCGCGCCGAGCCGCGGGGCCGCGGCCCUUCCCGAGGAGCGGCCCUCCCCGCGCCCUCUGCCCAGCGGCUCCGACCAGCGGGGCCCGUCGCCUCAGGCCGAGUCCCCAAGCGCCGAGCCCGAGGCGCACGGAGCAGCGCGGCCGAGGCGCCACCACCGCCUCAGGGGCGCCGGAGCCAUCCCCCGCGAGGCGGGCCCGCCCUCAGCGUACUCACCCGGCCUCCCCGGCCGCCGGCUCGGUCCUCCUCUCCCUCCUCCCCCCCGCCGCCGCUCCCGCGGCUCCAGGGGCGGCCGCACUGGGCGUUGGGACUAGGCUGGGUCAAGGGGCAGGGGCGGGGGCGAACUCGCGCCGGGCGGGAGUCGCGCGGCGGCCCCGCGAGCGGGCGCCGGGCACUAACGGGCCCCGCGAGCGAGCGCCGGGCUAGGCGGGCUGGGCGGCCCGCGGAGAAGAGCGCGGCUGCAGGCUGCGCUGGAUUAUGCAGAUGACUACCAGCCCCUGGGGGUGACAGAGCCACAAGAAAGAAGGUACCUGGAAGAAGGAGAGCUGCCCACUGACCAGGAACACCCACUGCCAAUUUUCAUCUAUAGACUCACAAGAAUCAAGACUAAGCAGCUAAGCAGCCUGGAUUGAAGCAUUACUAGCAUCGCCAGGCAGCGCUUCUGUUGCCAUGGCAACUAUGUACUGGCCAAAUGCCAGGUAACAUGAGGACCAACUGCUAUGACUGCUCUUUCCACACCAGAGUUGAUGGCUGAACUACUGUGCACUGAUUAACAGUAUGUGUCCACUGAUGGUAGACUAAUUUUGACCUAAGAAAUAAUCUUAAUGCGUAAAACAUACAACUAACUGAGAAUUGUAACAAAUAUAACUAGAAAUCUGACAAAGCCUAUCGCUUUAAUUUUCUGGAGGGAAAGUAAUUUAAAUAUCAAGGUACUAUAUCCUUGGGCGACAGAAACUUUUCAACUGUGUACCACAAAGCUAGAAGUCAUCCCACAUUUGUACAUAGAAAACAGACCAACAACAGGGCACCUGGGUGGCUCAGUAGGUUAAGGGUUUGACUCUUGAUUCGGCUUAGGUCAUGAUCUCAGGGUUCAUGAGAUCGAGCCCUAUGUCAGGCUCUGUGCUGGUAGCGUGGAGCCUGCUUGGGAUUCUCUCUCUGGUCUCUCUCUGCCCCUCCCCCAUUCAUGCUUGCUGUCUCUCAAGAUAAAUAAACUUAAAAAAAAAAACAGACCAACAACAAACUGAGGGGGGUUCUUGUGUGUAGCACUAGGGACAGGCAGAGGGAUGGCAUUUCAAGCAUGAAUAGCCCUACAUCACAGUCAACUCUCCCCAUGUGUGGUAACCCAACUAUCCCCUACGUGUGGUAAACAUGCAAAGCACAAAAACAAGUACAAGUCGUAACUAUUUAUUCAUGUUUGACUUUUCAUGUUGGAGUUUUCAUUAAUCAAAUUCUGUCCUAUCUUUCUU